CGGAAGCGCCCGUUGUUGUACCAGUUCCUUUAAGGAUGUCCAAGUUUUGUAGUUCCUGUGUUGUUGACCUGUCAGCCUUGUAGUACAGGCUGUCACUGCUGAGAAUUUGUCUGUCCUUCUGGUUGAUGCGGUAUUUUGACAGCGACACAGAAAAUACUGGGACGUUGGACGCACAGGAUUGUUCAUCUUUACCGUUGUCACUUGUGCUAGCGAACUAGCGAGCUAACGGCUAAAGUUAGCGAAUAAGCGGCCAACUUUAAAAGGUAGAUUGCCUACUAGCAACUGAGGGUGGCUAGCAGCGUUAGCUAGCUUUCUUGUUUUCAGCCAGCUAGCCUGCUGGCACUGCGAGGGUAGCAAGCCGCCCACUCGUGCAAGGCAGCAUUCCGAAAAAACAGCGAAAGAUGGAGGCCCAAAGCUCCAGCACACUGCUGCUGUCAAGAAAGAGAAGAAGAGAUGGCUCCAAUGGAGAGGCCGAGGAGGGUGAACGGUUUGGGAAAAUCCCCAGGUGUACUGUGGGGCUCAGGCACCCUGCACCCUUUGCAGAUGAGCUAGAGCCAGCUGAUAGUAAAGCUUACAAAAGAGUCAGCAUGGAAGAGGCCAAAAGGGGAACACCACCUGAAAGACCUGUGAGGGUCUAUGCAGAUGGCAUCUUUGAUCUUUUCCACUCAGGUCACGCCAGAGCCCUCAUGCAGGCUAAAUGCCUCUUCCCAAAUACACAUCUCAUUGUUGGAGUGUGCAGCGAUGACCUGACUCACAAGUACAAGGGCUUCACAGUGAUGAAUGAGGAUGAGCGAUAUGAUGCGAUCAGACAUUGCCGCUAUGUGGAUGAAGUGGUGCGAAACGCCCCCUGGACGUUAACGCCGGAGUUUCUUGCAAAACAUCGUAUUGACUUCGUGGCCCACGAUGACAUCCCAUACUCCUCAGCGGGCAGUGAUGAUGUUUACAAGCACAUUAAAGAAGCUGGUAUGUUUGCACCCACCCAGCGGACAGAGGGCAUCUCCACCUCUGACGUCAUCACUCGCAUAGUCCGUGACUAUGACGUGUAUGUCAGGCGCAACCUUCAGAGAGGGUACACAGCCAAGGAGCUCAACGUCAGCUUCAUCAAUGAGAAGAAGUACCAUCUCCAGGAGCGCGUGGACAAGGUGAAGAAGAAGGUGCGUGACGUAGAGGAGAAGAGCAAGGAGUUUGUCCAGAAGGUGGAGGAGAAGAGCAUCGAUCUCAUUCAGAAAUGGGAAGAGAAGUCCAGGGAGUUUAUUGGAAACUUCCUGCAGAUGUUUGGCCCUGAGGGAGCCUUGAAACACAUGCUGAAAGAAGGACGUGGCCGCAUGCUGCAGGCCAUCAGCCCCAGACAAAGCCCCAGCAGCAGCCCCACCCGGGAGGAGCGCUCUCCCUCUCCCACCUUCCGUCUCCCCUUCUUCUCCAAGACCUCCCCGCCCCCCUCGCCUCCCCAUCACAGUGGGGCCCGCGGAUACCUCAUCAGCGAGGACGACGACGACGAAGACGACGAGAACUAGACUUAGUUCGCGCUCUCUGCCGUCAGGUCGCAGUCAGUGCUACCAGUUUAGCAGAGCUGUCGAGUAGCGUGAAUUUCAUUGAAUUCUCCUGCUUCAAAUGUGUUUUUGUUUUAUGGUUUUACUUUGACCUUUAGGACUUCACUGUUGUUAAAACAGCCAGGUUUUGGUUUUUUUUUUUUUUUUUGUUAAUUUUUUAAACAACCAAUUUGAUCCUCUUUGUUCCUGUGUAAGGAUCAGUUAAAGUUAUGCCUGUAGUCACUUGAGUUCUUUACAGGUAAGUUUCAUUUAUCUUUCACUUUGAUGUUUGCGUUGUUUUUUUUUUUAGUCACUCACUGUCACAGAUGUUUCACGCGGUGCACUCGUCUACCACGGUAUUAUUAAGGUUAGCAUUGUAUUGCAUAAGGAGUGGGUCCCCCCCUCAUGGCUUUAUGGCUUUGGCGGGAGGGUUUGCAGGUCUUUUGUCAACUGUGUUGGAACGCCACUCCCAAAUUUGGUGUCAGAAAGGUUAGCCGAGGAAUCACGAAGACACUGUUGGGUAUCUCGGGCUGCGGGUUGUCAGAGCAGGUCAAUUAAGUGAAGUUUUACGUGACCUGCUCAUGCAGCGGGGCAUGCUCAUACUAACAAAACAAAGACCUGGCUCUUUAUUUCUCAUUUUUAAAAUAACCAGGAAACUCCAGAUCCAGUGUGAGCUGAAUCUAAGAGUACAUUUGUUCUACUAAACAGCAGCGUUUUUCCAAUGUGUGCGUGUGUGCCUGCCUGCCUGCAUUGGGCCUGUGUUCGUCAGUGUAUGCGCAUGUUCGUGUGUGAAAGCUCUUAAACUGGCAUGUUUGAAACGUGUUCUGUCAAUAUUUCCCACCUGUUGACAGAUCUGGUGUAAGCUAUGACUUUAAUGCACAUAGUAAUAAAUUUGCUUUUAAAUUGUG